CAAAGAUUAAUAAAGUUAUUAAAAUUGGACUUGUUGGGGAUGGUGCUGUUGGAAAAACUACAUUUUUAUUAUCUUAUACAUCACAAUCAUUUUUGACUGAGUAUACACCAACUAUCUUUGAUAACUUCUGUCAAAUAGAACCUGUAGGAAAUGAUAUAUUUAAUGUUUCGUUAUGGGAUACAGCAGGACAAGAUGAAUAUUCAUCAUACCGUGCUGGAUGUUAUAAUAACUGUAAUUUUGAUGUAUUUUUGUUAUGCUUUAGUGUAACACAACGAUCAUCAUUUAGAAAUAUUAAAAACAAAUGGAUUAUCGAAUUAAGAAAAUACGCACCUACUGUUCCAGUUAUUGUUGUUGGUACUCAAGUUGAUUUAAGAGAAGAUAGCAAUAAGGACCAUAUUUCUAAAAAAGAAGGUGAAAAAAUGGCAAAAGAAUUAAAAGCUAAAAGAUAUGUUGAAUGUACUUCAAAAGACUAUGAAACAACUCAUAAUGUUGUUUUAGCAGCAAUUGAAGAUUAUUUAGAAAAAGAAAAAGAAAUGAUUGCAAAAGUCAAGAAACAAUAUAAAAAGGAGAUUGAAGAAGAAGAAAAGAUGAUGAAAUUAAUGAAAAAGGAAAUGGAAAAACAAAAAGCAAUAGAAAAGGAAAAUAACUCAAUUACACCAAGAGACCAAUCAAAAAAUGAAGAACAACCAACGACUCCUUCUGAACAAAAAUAA